UUUGCUCAGAGACGCUGAAACAGGUACGCCCAAGGGUCCGUUCCCCAGCAAAGAGCAUGGCUGAGCGCACUGUGCCUCACGCCUACCCCAUGAGUGCAGAGUACGAGUUUGCCAACCCCAGCAAGAUCUAUGAUCAGAACUUUGGAGAAGGCAUUUCCCCCGGAGACAUUCUCACUCCCACAUUGUACCAUGGCUACUACAUACGGCCUCGGGUUAACAAGCAGCUAGACCGAGGAGUCUCUGAGGUGACCCUCAAUCACCACAAAUUCCAGGUGUUUCUCGAUGUCUGCCAUUUCACACCCAACGAGAUCACCGUCCGCACAGUGGACAACCUCCUGGAGGUGACCGCUCAACACCCACAGAAAGCCGACCGGCAUGGCUUCAUCUCCCGGGAGUUCACCAGGACCUACAUCCUCCCAUUGGAUGCCGACCCCUUGCUGGUUAAAGCUACCGUGACCCACGAUGGCAUCCUAAGCAUUGAGGCUCCACGGACAGGGAAGGAAGUGAAAGCCAAAGUCAUCGAUGUGAAAAUAACAUGCCAAGAAGAGCCAGCAAGGCAAGGAGGGAGUUCCGAGGAGAAAUCUCAGUCCUAAAAGUGCUUGCCAACAACACUUCAACUGGGGCCAGGGCCAGGUGGGAUGGUGAUACGCCUGCAUGACCACCUACGGGACACCCAUUUGUUUGGCUUAGUAGGCUGGGCCCAGCCUAUUGCCUUCCUCUGAAUUUGGAGGAUUGUAGUUUGUUGAGAGGCUGAGAAUCCUCUGUUGGGUAGCCACGCCCUACUCAUUGAACCAGGUUUCCAAGGAGUUUCUGGGAAGAGGGAAUGGCUACUAAACCAGUUGAUUGCCAACAGCUCCUGUCCCUUUAACUGACAGCAUAAUGUGUGGCAAGGGGCAGCGGAAGCUGUUCCUGACAUGGUGGCAAAUAACAUCACUUGGUAAAUAAGAUCCCCUUAAGCCCCUAUUAAAAGGGGCAUUUUUCCCCCUCCAUGCAGUUGUCAACCCUAAGAAGUGUGGUAAUAUCCUAUAUGACUUCAACUGCAUUCUUACGCUGCUCCCUUGUCCUGUCAUUUACUUUAAGGUUGCCACCUCUGGGUUGGUCAGUUCCUAGAGAUUUGGGGAUAGAACCUGGGGGCCAGAGUUUGGGGAGGGGAAGAACCUCAGCGGGAUAUACUGCAAUAAAGUCCACCCGCCAAAGCUGCCAUGUUCUCCAGGGGAACUGAUGCCUGCGGCCUGGAAAUCAGUUGUAAUUCUAGGGGAUCUCCAAGUCCCACCUGGAGGCUGGCAACCCUUGUAUCACCCUAUCUACAUACCCUUGAUGUUCAAAAGUGUUGUGUUUGACAUGGGACUGAUUCUGGCAACUGGCCUCCCUUUCAGACCAUUUGCACCUACAAAGCUAACAAGCAUCCUUUUCCUCAGUUCUUUUACCUUAUGCUCAGUUAUGCUUUCUUCCAGUUUUCCUAUUCUUCCUGGAGCAGAGUUGUCAACAGGUCUGGAGAAAAAGUGUCCUCUCCCUUUAAAAAAGGCUUAAUGGAAUGUUAUUUGCAACAGGUUGUUAUUGAUCUCCAUGUCAUGAAAAUUUCACCUGCCCAUUUUUACAUAUUAAGUCUGUUAAGGGGACAGGGCAUUUUUCUCCCGAGUCUGUUGACAACCCUAUAAGGGAGGCUUUCAUUCAUGCAGAGCUUUUUUUCAGUGGGAACGCAGUGGAACGGAGUUCUGGCACCUCUUAAAAAUGGUCACAUGGCCGGUGGCCCCGCCCCCUGAUCUUCAGACAGAGGGGAGUUGAGAUUGCCCUCUAGAGGGCAAUCUAAACUCCCCUCUGUCUAGGGAGACUGAAGGAGUAUUUGGAGAAAAAAUGGGAUGUGAAGGGGAAAUUAUGGCAAUUUGAAAGUUACUAAUUGGGGAAAAUAUUGGAGAUAGGGAUUUUUACCAUUUAAAGUGAAGUUUUAAUUAUUGUUAAGUAUAAGUUUUGAAUAGAUCUGAAUUUAAUGGAUAUUAUUUAGUUUAUUAGGGAAAUAUGAGAUAAUAAUUUAUAAAUGGAAUAGAUAAGUAAGGAAUAGAAUAAGAUAAGGGUUGGAAAACUGUUGGAAGUCUGAGAAAAGGGGGGAGGGAAAGGGUGGGGGGAAAUUGAUAUUUAGGUUUUAAAUAAAAAUGUUACUUGUAAUAUGUACUCACCUAAUAAAAACUUUUAAAAAAUAAAUAAAUAAACUCCCCUCUGUCUGGAGAUCAGGGGGCGGGGCCUCUGGCCAUUUGGCCAUUUUCACCAAGGGCAAUUUAAACUUUUAAAAACUCCCCCCUUGUUCCAGCUGACCCAAAGUGACGUCAUUGUGAGGUCCUGAGUUCCACCACUGAGUUCCACCACCUCUUUUCCCAGAAAAAAAGUCCUGCAUUCAUAUAUAAAUUAAAUAUGAUUUAAGAAAAAAAAAUCAAAGGAAGGAAUCGUAUUUAAGGUCUGCUAACAAAAUCCCUUCAAAGCAGGGGAGGGAGGAAUUAAAGAAAGAGAUAAAAGCAGCUGAGAUCAAAUGUUUAUUUAACUGAAAGCUUGACAUAUCCGUGGAAAACAUACACAUAAUACUAAUACAAUACUUUUAAUAUAAGCCUUUCCCCCAUCACUCUGUUACUGAAGUUGAUCAACUUUGAUUCCGCCCCCUCUUUUUACAUUUGUUACAUUUAAAGUUUUGAUUGUAUAACUUUAUAAAAGAGACAAAAGAAGAACAGGCAACACAGCAGAAAUAAAGCAUGACAGAAGAGGCGAGCUUGUGUGCAAAAAUAUCUGCGCUGAACACAGCCCCUCCUUAAUCCUA